AUGCGCCCGUUGAGGCUGUUUCUACAGCAGCAGCAGCAAAAGCAGCAAAAGCAGCAGCAGCAGCAGCAGCAGCAGCCUCUGCAGGCGAGGCCGGAGAGGCCGGUGGAGAAUCCCACAGCAGCAGCACGAGCACAGCAGCAACGGCAGCAGCAGCAACAGCAGCAACCGCAACAGCAGGCAAAAAAUAGCAGGAGCAGCAGCAACAGCAACAACGACAACGGCAGCGAAAGCAGCAGCAACAGCAGCAGCAACAGCAGCACGUCAAACAGCAGCAGCUGCCUCCAGCUCCAGCCGCCUGCCCCCAUGCAGCAGCAAACGGCGGUUGCUGCUGGGUGA